AUGGCGCCUUUCCUCAAGCUAGCAUCUAUCCUUUGCACUCGCAAGCCUCGCACAACACCACGACCCCUCCAGAUUCGCAAGAUGUCGACACCAUUCCGCCCAAAGCAAGCAGUGCAGUUCGAUGGCGCUUUGGCCCAAGAGCUUCAGGGCAAUGUCAGUGAGGCUAUCGCUCGCGAGCUCAUCACAUUGGUACCGCCCAUCAAGCCCGGAUUUGUCAUUCAUGAUAAUGGAUGUGGCUACGGGGCUGUCACGGGCGAGAUCAUGAAAUCAAGCGAGCUCGUCAAGUCAGGCGAGCCCCCGGGUUUCAAGAUCUACUCGACCGACAAGAGCAUCAGCUAUCUGGCGCAGCUGCGUUCAACACUGGCUAAGAACCCCACUUGGCCUGUUGAGGUCCAGACGAUGGACGCAAACAAGCUCACUUUUCCCGACGACAUUUUCGAUCUGUCCAUCACCGACUUUGUGCUCCUCGGCCUCGAUGAUGAAGUCGGUGCUGCGGGGCAUAUCUUACGUACAGUCAAACAUGGCGGUACGGCUGCCGUGGCAAUAUGGAAGGAAAAGCCAUGGCAGGCGGCCCUCAAGGAAGCCCAUUGGCGAACGCGAGGCGCGGAUGCGCCACUGCCUCCCUUUCUCGCUGUCGUCGAUUAUGAUACCGAGAAGUUCAAGGGUAUUCUACGGGACGCCGGCCACGAGCAUACGGCUUUCUUCGAGCGGCCUGCCUGGAUCCAGAUGCCCGACCUCAAACGAUGGGCUACCAUCGCAUGGACGUUCCUCUCCACCCCCGCAGGAGGUUGGACGCAAGCAGAUGAAGACAAGUGGGACCAAGCUAUCGAGAUAUGCGCCGAGGAGAUGCAGAAGGGCGACUCUUACAAGUAUGAGGAUGGGGUCCAUAGUAUUCGAAUGGUUGCGACCAUCGCGGUUACGUCAAAGCUGUGA